AUGUCUCCCUCCUCCCUGUUAGCGGCCCUGUGCGUGCUGCUGGUGUUACGGGCACUGCCCUCCACCAGCGGCUCGCGCCUGCACUUGCACACCCCCAAGUUGAAGGCUCUAACAUGCCGAGCAAAGAUCGUCACUUCAGACGUCCUAGGGGAGCGCAAAGCCAAGAGGUGGCUGGAGGUGAGGACCGGCUUCAAUGAGCGGGUCCUGGUGCUGGAGACCAAGCCCGGCGACUUUGGCGGCAUCCGGUCGGGGCAGGAGGUGGAGAUGGAGGGGGUGUGGCUGAGCCGCGGCGCAGGCGGGUGGCGCGCGGUCAGCGGCUUCACCAGCGCACAGUCCAGCUACACCUUUGUCAGCACCAAGAUCAAGGCCAAGAAGGGAGGGACCAAGAUGGCGGCGACCGCCGCCACAGUGGACACGGUGCAGGUGGCAGCUGACCGGCCGAUUGGGGAGCCGCACGGCGGCGGCAUGGUGGCGGCGGCCGCCACCGCCCCCGCCCCCAUCCCCGUCAAGAUUGUCACCAACAAGAUCUUCUCCCGCUCCAUCUCCACCAUCGUCAUCCCACUUGCGGGCGUGAACCCCGACGGCACCGCCUGCACGGGCACCUCGCUACCCAAGUGGGACUCCGCCGCGGUGCGCCGAAUGGUGUUCCAGGAGCUGAGUGGCGCCAACAUCUCGGUGGGCACCACCUUCAACAAGUGCUCCUUCAAGCGAUCCGUCCUCAACAUCACAAACAGCAUGGUGACGGAAAUCGUCAAGCUGCCGUGCGUGGGGGAGAGCUGGGGCGUGCCCUGGUCCUUCUCUAAGUGCGAUUUCGACGACUUCAACGGCUGGGCGGAUGCGGCCGACGCGCAGCUGCGCGCCAGCGGCUUACCGUUGGACAAGUACCCGUACCGCGUGUACAUGCUGCCCCCUGCCACCUGCCCCUUUGUGGGCCUGGGAUACGUGGGCUGCGACUUCUCCUACGACUGCCGCUCCUGGAUCAGCGGCGACUUCUGGGCCACGCCUCAGGUCGUGGUCCACGAAAUGUCUCACAACCUGUUCCUGGGCCACGCCGGCGCCUACACGCCAGACGGCAGCUUUGAUGAGUAUGCCGACAGCGGGUGCCUCAUGGGGUACUGCUGCCACGACCGCUGCCCCAACCUGCCCCACUCCUGGCAGCUGGGCUGGCAGACGGUGAAGCAGCUGGACGAGCUCAGCCUGAGGGCGGGCCAGACUGUGGCCUUCAACAUCAGCGCCCAGGACGCCUCCCCGCAGAGCGGGCUGCGCCUCAACGCCAGCUGGGCGCGCGGCGGCGGCGACCCCGUGUUUGUCAGCUUCCGCAGGCGCUCCGCCGGCUCCCCAGACAAGAGCCUGGACCUUUCUUUGACAGGCAAGGUGCUGGUGCACACCUCCCCGCUGGCCAACACGUUCGACGCCGCCUUCACAACCUUCCGCGCCGCGCUGUCGGUGGGUCAGACCUGGACAGGCGUGGCGGGCGGCACCGCCAAAUUCGUGCUCAAGUACAGGCGCAGCCUGGGCGGCGGCGGCAGCGCCGAGGUCACCAUCUGCCGCAAGUCGCCCAAUGGCCUUGAGACCAAGGCCUCGUGCACUGCCGGCCUGAACUACGACUGCAACGGCUUGAUCGGCACGGCAGACACGGCGUGCCGCAAGCUGCUGGGGCUGAGGCCCCGGCGGCGCAGCCUGCUAGCCGAUGACCCGGCCGGCACGUGGGCAGCGGCGGCAGCAGCAAGCGAGCAGGGGCAAGCCAGCCAGCGGGCGGCCGACUGCGUGGGAUUCUAG